CCCCCUCCCCCACUGCAUCCUGCUCCUCCCUACCCUCUCCCUCUGUCCCCUCACCAAGUCCUCCCUCCUCAGCUCUCUCCCAUCCCUCUGGCUGGCUUUCUCCUGCUCCUUUCUCAGACCCUCCCUCUCCCCAUCUCCCCAGCCUCCUCCAACUCCCUCUCCCUCCCAGUGGUCUGACUCCCUGGCCCAUCCCAUCCCCGCCAGGCCCCCUUCGCGCCCCUUUCUCUUUUUCUCUUUCCUUCCCGGCCUGGGAGUCCCUUCCCCACCUCUCACCCCCUUCAGCUCGGCCUCCCUGUCCCUGCCCCAGGCCUGAGCCACCAUGCUGACCCCAAUGGUGGCUGGGGGGGUGGUGUUCCCCGGACUCUUCCUCCUCUCCAAGAACACGCUCCAGCGGCUGCCCCAGCUGCGCUGGGAGGAGGCCGACGCGGUCAUUGUCUCAGCCAGGCUAGUGUCCUCAGUCCAAGCUGUCAUGGCCUCCACAGCUGGCUACAUCGUCUCCACCUCCUGCAAGCACAUCAUUGAUGACCAACACUGGCUUUCCUCUGCCUACACGCAAUUUGCAGUGCCCUACUUCAUCUACGACAUCUACGCCAUGUUCCUCUGUCACUGGCACAAGCACCAGGUCAAGGGGCAUGGAGGGGAUGAAGGGGGGGCCGGAGCCCCAGGCAGCACUUGGGCCGUCGUGCGCGGCUACCUGCACAAGGAGUUCCUCAUGGUGCUCCACCAUGCCGUCAUGGUGCUUGUGUGCUUCCCGCUGUCCGUGGUGUGGCGUCAGGGCAAGGGAGAUUUCUUUCUAGGCUGUUUGCUGAUGGCGGAGGUCAGCACUCCCUUCGUCUGCCUUGGCAAGAUCCUCAUCCAGUACAAGCGGCAGCACACGCUGCUGCACAAGGUGAACGGGGCCCUGAUGCUGCUCAGCUUCCUCUGCUGCCGGGUGCUGCUCUUCCCCUACCUGUACUGGGCCUACGGGCGCCACGCCGGCCUGCCGCUGCUCGCCGUGCCGCUGGCCCUCCCGGCCCACGUCAACCUGGGCGCCGCGCUCCUGCUCGCUCCCCAGCUCUACUGGUUCUUCCUCAUCUGCCGCGGGGCUUGCCGCCUCUUCCGGCCCCGGGGCUCCCCGCCGCCCUCUCCCAGUCAGACACAGGACUGAGGUUGGGGUCAGGGAGCCCCCACCCCCACCCCCCAGAGGGGACAGGCUCUGGGACUGCCGGGUGGGGGUCGGGAGUCCGGGGUCUCCACCCUGACCGCCCAGGACUGACUGCUGAACUCCGAAGGGGGAGGGCCAGGGACCAGGUGAAAUGGAGGCGGGAAGGAGACUUCUCCCCAGCGGCCUGAGUUGAGGCCGUGAGCCUUUUGCAUACCCCCUUCUGGAUCACCAACCCUGGGGCCCCAGAAGAAGCGAAGGACAGAGGAAGGGCACCACUUCCAUCUGUCUAGGGCUUGAGGGCUGUUGGGGAGACCACCUGGACGCGAGCGGUCUAGGAGACAAAUAAGAGUGGGAGAUCCUGCUGCCAAGGCCACCCCAGCCCCUGCUGCAAACUCCUCUUAGCUCCCGCCACCUGGGAGGAGAAGACACCCUCACUCAGCCCCUGGACCUUGCUUGGGGUUUGGUGCCCCACAGCUCCUCUCCAGGGGAGGCCAGCCUGAAGACUCUUAUUUAUUUUAUUUAUUUGCCCAAAUUCAAACUAGUCUGUUGGGGUGUGGGGAGGGAGAUGGCUGCUACCCCCAGCCUUCCCAGUGCUGAGCAACCCGGGCGGGCAGGCGAGGGGGCACCCGGCCCUUCCCCAUCAGGCUGCAUACCUUGCCCUCGGGCCCUGGCAUGUCCCUGGUGCUACAGACCUCUCAAGGCUUCCUCCAGUCUGGGGUCGGGGACCCUGGGAGGUGCUUUACAGACCGCUAAUAAAGACGAUCUGCGUGAACGCCA